GAUUUUCCUGAUACCACUUAGUGCCUGUGAUCAUGUAAAUACAAUAAACCUGUCAUAUAUCUGUAUAUAAGACAGAUUUAAAUGAGUAAAUAUGCAAAUAGAUAUACUUUUAUUUCUACUCUCUUAUACUUUAACUUAUGUCUAUUUUUAUUUCUUUUUUUUUCUGCAUAAUAUAUAUAAGGUUAUGUGCAAUCAUAUGUCUUGCUACUGAAACACUGCAAUUUCGGGAUCAAUAAAGAUCUACCUACCUAUCUCCCUUACCUGUCUGUCUAUCUACGUUAGUUACCUUUGAUCAAGAGGCGCUGCUGUGAAGAAGAGCGGGUUUAGUUCCACAUCAGUAAAGCGCUUCUGAACAGCUGCAAGUAAACUGUGUCUCGUAGUUUUGAAUCCCCACUGUCUCUGUAGUACAGUGAUGGCAGUGAUGUAGUACAGUCUGUCCGAGGCUACGGCAUCUAAGGAAGUCUUUUGAUUGGCUGGUUGAGUUAUAGUUUAACAUCCUCUAAAGCCGAGCUGCUAACACUGUGCACUAAAACUAAACCAGGCGGUGAUGAACAUGCUAAGACAGGAAAGUCUCUGUACAGCCUGUUUUACCAAAACAGGUAAAAAAAAAUCUACGUUUAUACCUCGCAGGUCUGUUCAGUCAAGCGGAGUGAAGACUUUGGUAUCUGUGUAAAAUGUGGAAAAGGAGUGUAUGGAGCAAGUCAGGCGUGUCAGGCGAUGGGGAACUUGUACCACACUAAUUGUUUCACCUGCUGUUCAUGUGGGAGGAGACUGAGAGGGAAAGCGUUCUACAAUGUGAACGGAAAAGUCUACUGUGAAGAGGACUUCCUGUACUCUGGGUUCCAGCAGACAGCAGAGAAAUGCUUUGUGUGUGGACAUCUCAUCAUGGAGAUGAUCCUCCAGGCUCUGGGGAAAUCCUAUCAUCCAGGCUGUUUCCGCUGUGUGGUGUGUAAAGAGGGACUGGAUGGAGUUCCGUUCACCGUCGACAUGGAGAACAACAUCUACUGUGUUAAAGACUAUCACACUGUCUUUGCCCCAAAAUGUGCCUCCUGUAGCCAACCCAUCCUCCCAGCUGAGGGCUCAGAGGAGACCAUACGUGUUGUGUCCAUGGACAAAGACUACCAUGUGGAGUGUUAUCACUGUGAGGACUGUGGUCUGCAGCUAACCGACGAAGAGGGCCACCGCUGUUACCCGUUGGAUGGUCACCUGCUGUGCCACACCUGCCAUCUGCACAGGUUAAAAACACCUGGCCCUGCCCAGCCACCGCCCGGCUACCCGCUCCACGUCACUGAGCUGUAAACACACCACGAUGCGAGUGUGUGUCGAUAAGGGACAACACUUUCUCUCCUCCUUAAGCGGCUGCAUUGCUGCUGCAAGCAUCCACCACCUUCUCUGAAGCAAGUGAAUGUAAAAGAAAGUCGUGAACUGCUCUCUCUCCGCGGGUUACUGUGCGCUUUCUCCAUCUGUAUCCCUCCAUUCUCCACACCCCAUUGUUUUUUCUGUCCAGUAUGAAUCCUGCAGCGGCAGCCCUGAAGCCUAGCCUGGACUGAUGUCACAGAUUUGACCUUUGACAUUCCCAGACUGGUCCCAGAGAACAGUGUACGUGGGACGGAAGUGGGACUAUUGUGAGGCCAGCAUGGGGCCCGUGGAGGGGCCAGUUUGGGCCAGUGAAAACCAGCCAGUAUAGGACCAAAUCAGGGCCAACGUGAGGCCAAUGCAGGGCCAGCAUGGAGCCAGUGCAGGAUGUGGAGCUAAUGCAGGACAACAAUGGGGCCAGAGCAUGUCCAACAUGGUGCCAGUUCAGGACCAGCAUGGUGCCAGUGCGAGGCCAGCAUGUGGUCAAUGCAGGGCCACUACGGGCCAAUGCAGGGCCGUAAUGGGGCCAGUGCAGGACCAAUGUGAAGCCAAUGCAUUUCCAGUGUGGGAGCAGUGUAGACCCAGCGCAGGGCCAAUACUGACCACCCACAGCCAAACUAUUGGUCGUUCCACAAGCAUGACUACUGGCCACAUGUCUGACGAUUUCCGCCGCCACUCAGCUAACCAGUCCACUGAGCAACAUGACUGCAGGACAAACCACCACACAGCUUCGUUCUAAGAGAGAGAGAACGGAAUAAAGAGAGAUAUGUGACAUUUAAAGCCUUGGAAGUGGCCUUUCACUCAGAAUCUCGCACUUAAUUAUUUCACUCAUUGCCUUCAAGUUGCACCAUUACUGUGUGUUUGUGUGCUUUUUAUGUGUGUGUGUGUUGUGAUAUCGGUGAGAGAUGCAGUUCCUCACCAUGUACACACCUCGCGUUUGUGUGCCAGGCAGGCAGCCACUGUUUUGCUGAAACAAAAUGUUGGUACACGUUCCUUAAGUUGCUAGAACAGCACACUUGAGGGAGACUAACUCACAAACACACGUACUGUCUUAACAUGAUCACCAGAAGAGUUAGCUGCACAUUGCUGUCAUUUUUCUUACCCAGCUCUGUAUUUCACAGACGUUUUCUACAGAUGAAUGUAGAGGAUUUGCUCCCUAUUUUUCUGUUAUCAUGUUUGCUGACCGAGGUCGGUCAGUGUAAGUUUAAACAUGGGCGUAUUCGUGUUCUGACGUCGGCGUUGACAUGUCUUAGUGCCUCUAUGCGUCUAAGACGAGUGUGUUGUUGGAUUGGACUGUUUCCCGACACUGGCUUGUCUGGGAGGCCGCACUGCAGAGGCGUGGAGCCGUUACGCCUCAGAUGCAGAGCAGAGAGGAGAGCUGUUCUGCUGUUUGGGGUUUUUGCUUUUUUUCAUUGGUCCGAGUGUGUUUGAAUGAGGGAGGGGUCUUUUGUUGAUGCUGGAAGGUGCUGGACUCACCUGAGCUCCACAGAGACUACCUACCCUUGACCCACAUUGGUUUACGGGACUUAGAAACAGCACAGAGAAAAAAAAAAAAAAAAAAU